AUGUCGAACCGCUACUCCGUCUUCUCUACCCACUCUGCUGGGAUCUCCGCUGGGCCUCGGCCGUCCUCACAACAUACGGGCCAGGUCUCCACCACAACCUUACUCAAUGCUCUACACUCCUUCUACAACGCUGGUCAACCUUACCAGCUAGAUGCUAGUACUAGCUUGGUUGUCAAUACGUGGGUGACGGCCGCGACCAUUCUUCCAGAUGGCCGAAAUGGCGCAGCUAUUGAUCGAGAUCUGGCAAUUCGAGCCUGGGAGCAUGCUCGCCGUCGAGCUGAGGAUGGCUGCAUCCUUCUUUGCUCACUCCAUCAAUCCACUCCAUCUUUGCUGGAGCCCUUCCUCACCGCGAUGCCGCUGACCACCCCAGAGCUCGGCUUUACAGCACUCGCUGCACUGAGACCGUUCCUUGCAGCUGUCACUUCAUUCAACCCAUCCUAUUCUUUACAUUCGGCCCUGUCUGCCUCUUACACAUUAACCCUUCAAGGUACUGUCGUGGGAUUUUCCCUGGCACUCUCAUCCUCCGGAAUCAAUGUGCCAAAGGGUCUAUUGGAGAUCCCGACAGAGAAGGGAUAUCGUGCAUUUGAUGUCUUCUACUAUCUGCUCACAUCCGCAUCUACUCCCGCCGAACGUGAAUUUUUGGACUUGAAAGAGCCCGCUUCAUAUACUCUAUUGAAUCGAUCGGGAACAUACUCGCCCCCGUCCUAUCUUCCGACCGCAGAUGAUACAGCCGCCGCCGAAGACCUUCGAGCCAAUUUGAGGACUAUUGGCAUUAAAGGUGCUGUUCAACGUAAUCUACUUUCUGUUCUCGCGGGUCUGCUUAAGCUUGGCAAUGCUAUUGGCUUCAUGGUGGACCAAGAGGAGCUGGAAGAGGUCUGUGAGGAUGUCGGUGGUCUCCUGGGAUUGGAUCCAGAGGUUCUCUUGCAUCGAUGCUCUACCGACGAACGUGAGAUCCUUGUCGCUGGCAUCUACGAAGCUCUUGUGGAUUGGGUCAUUUUGAAAGCAAAUGAAGCUAUUGCUGUCGAUAUCCAGAAUGCCCUGGAGAAUGACUCGAGUGUCGGCGGAACUGGUGCCCCUCAAUGGACCAACGAAGAUACCGUCAGUUUGACUGUGAUUGAUGUUCCCCGCCCGGCUCUCGGAAAGGCGGUCGCGAUGAGAGGCGUCUUUGAUGACGAUCUUGGAAUCAAUGCUGAGAUGAAAGAUGAUGGAAUCGCCAUACCGUCUCUUGGCCAAUCUGUCAUCAAUGAAAUGAAGGCUGCUGUGUCCCAAGUGGAGGCAGAUCUCGGAAUCGCGGGCACCGCCCUCCGCGAACGAGAACACGAUUUUGAUCGACGACAAGGCGUAUUGGAGAAGGUCGGCGAGGAGUUUGAAUCGGAUGCUUUUUUACGUCAGCUCCUUUUCCCUGUUGACGGAGAGGGCAUUUCUGUAGGGAAACGGGGACGUUUUGAUCUCGCGACUACUCUUUUGAGCAGCCGUGUUUGGUAUCAUCUCUCCAUCCACCCUACAGAUGAACUACCGGAGAAGCUCAAUAGCUCAGCCCCAGCUUGGUCAGCGGGCUCAGUGUCACGACAGCUGCGAGAUUGGCGACUUCCCGAGUGGGCUAAUCGCCGCUUGAAGCAGCUUGAUUUCACCGCUGAUUUUGACGUGGAAGAGUUUGUCGGUCGCUAUUCUCGACUGGGUUGUCCUGAAGGCCAGGAUGGUGUGGAAAGCUGGAUCCUUGAACGGGGAUGGAGCAACGGGGAUGCUGCUGUCGGCCACCAGCGAAUCUGGAUGCGAGAAGGGGCGUGGUGGGAAGCUGAAAGUAUGCUUGAUCUCAAGCCAGACGAGAACCCAUCGAAUCCAUUUGGAUAUGGCGCUGCUUUGUACGAACCCGGAAUCACCCCAGAUGGGCACGUCGUGGGCGAAUCGACCAACCUGCUAGGAAGCCAACCAGAUCUCCUUAUGAACCAAUCCGCCAUGAUUGCUCCAAGUGUCAUGGGAGGUGCUAAGUCGGUUGCCCCCAGCAUGCCUUAUACUCAAGCUCUCUCCCCUGGUGACUAUGGUCUUGGUCACAAGGGUGACGACAACAAGGGAGAUAUUGCCUACUAUGAUGACUUUGGUCGGUACAUUGGCGAUCUAGACCCAGAGUUUGGAGACCCCAAACACAUCGAGAAGAAGGAUAUCACAAUGAGCCGUCGACUAUGGACGGGUUUUGUAUGGGCAAUGACUUUCUGGAUCCCAUCCCCCCUCCUCCGCCACGUUGGACGUAUGAAGCGUCCAGAUGUUCGCAUGGCGUGGCGAGAGAAGCUUGUACUGGUCAUGCUCAUUCUGCUUUUCAAUGCUGUUGUCUGUUUCUACAUUAUGGCUUUCGGCGACCUUCUCUGUCCCAACAAGGGCAAAGUGUGGGACAACAAAGAGGUGAGCUGGCACACUGGAGACGACAAUUUCUACGUCAGUAUUCAUGGUCGAGUCUAUGAUAUCAGCAAAUUUUGGCGAUUGCAACACAGUGAUGAUGGCACGGAUACGACUUCUACCAAUAUGGAGCCCUUUGCAGGGUUGAACCUCGAUGCUUAUUUUCCUCCACCUCUCACCCAGUUCUGCAAUCCCUUUGUUACCGACCAGUCGGUCAAAAUGAUGAACAAUGACACUUCAGCCAUUCUCUACUCGGAUGCUGAGCAUGACUGCGGACCUCUGAACUAUCCCUCGAAUACCACAAAACUUCACGAGAUCACUUGGUAUGGAGAUACUUUCUUGCCCAAGAUUGCAGAUUACUACAAGGGCGAGCUGGUCUGGUCCAAGUCCACUAUUGAGAAGCAAGCCAACGAUUAUUCACGCUACUGGGUUAUUGUCAACUCCAAGAUUUACGAUCUGACAAAUUACUUCUACACCCUCGAUUACUACUCCACUGAGAGUUCUUACGAGUUCCUACCGAGUGCCGUCACCACUCUUUUCAAGGACUAUCCCGGAACAGACGUCUCAGAUAAAUGGCUGGACACUAAAGAAUGGCAAGAGGCUACAAGAUGUCUCGAUUACGUCUUUUAUGAGGGCAAGGUCGAUUUCCGAGGUGAUGCUCGAUGCACAGUCAACAAUUGGCUCCUCCUCUCAUUCACUGUUCUCAUUUGCUCUGUGGUCCUGAUCAAGUUCUUGGCUGCGCUACAGCUAGUCCCUGCUUAUACCGAAGGCGAGGACUCGCUGCGGAAAGGGUUGGACUCGUUAACUGCUCUGCAGUAUGACAAUAAACGGAAACUCAUUUUUGUCAUCUGUGAUGGUAUGAUCGUGGGUGGUGGUAAUGACCGACCUACGCCCAAGAUCGUUUUGGAUAUUCUGGGUGUGGAUCCUAAGCUGGACCCUCCAGCCCUGCCGUUCAGAUCGGUUGGCCAAGGUAGUGACCAGUUGAAUUAUGCCAAGGUUUACUCCGGUCUCUACGAGUACGAAGGAAAUGUCGUGCCCUAUGUUGUUGUCGUCAAGGUUGGCAAAGAAUCGGAACAGACCAAGGCCAAACCAGGUAAUCGAGGAAAACGAGAUACACAAGUCCUGCUCAUGCACUUCUUGAACCGCGUGCACCAUCGAGCUCCAAUGUCCCCAAUGGAGCUUGAGAUCUUUCACCAAAUUAACAAUGUCAUUGGUGUGGAUCCAGAACUGUACGAGUACUGCUUCAUGGUCGAUGCCGACACAAGUGUCAAAGAAGAUUCUCUCAACCGUCUGGUCGCGGCUUGUGCGGCAGAUGCAAAGAUUGCCGGUAUCUGUGGUGAGACAAGUCUCCAGAACCAAGAGCGCAGUUGGUGGACAAUGAUUCAAGUCUACGAAUACUACAUUUCGCAUCAUCUCUCCAAGGCCUUUGAGUCCUUGUUCGGCAGUGUGACAUGUCUCCCAGGAUGUUUCACCAUGUAUCGCCUUCGAACCGCGGACAAGGGUCGACCCCUGAUUAUCUCCGACAAGGUUAUCAAAGAAUACGCCGACAUCGAUAUCGAUACGCUUCACAAGAAGAACCUGCUAUCACUGGGCGAAGAUCGAUUCUUGACGACUCUCAUGACCAAACACUUCCCAACCAUGCGAUACAAAUUCCUUCCUGAUGCAUACGCGAGUACGGCUGCACCGGAAACUUGGGGAGUGCUCGUCUCUCAGCGGCGUCGCUGGAUUAACUCCACAAUCCACAACCUGGUUGAACUGGCUGCUCUCAAGGACCUCUGUGGUUUCUGCUGUUUCAGUAUGCGUUUUGUCGUUCUGGUAGAUCUCCUAGGAACCAUCAUUCUUCCUGCUACCUGCGUCUACCUCGGAUACCUGGUGUAUCUCAUCGCCAGUGGCAGUGGUCCUUUCCCCUUGAUCUCUAUCAUCAUGUUGGCUGGUAUUUAUGGUCUCCAGAUGAUCAUUUUUAUCAUCAAACGUCAGUGGCAGCACAUCGGAUGGAUGAUCAUCUAUCUUCUUGCUUUCCCCAUCUACAGUUUCGUUUUACCACUGUAUUCUUUCUGGAAACAGGAUGACUUUACAUGGGGUAGUACCCGUGUCGUUCUCGGAGAGAAGGGCUCUAAGCGUGUGAUUGCCGUGGAGGAUGAGACCUUUGACCCUCGCAGCAUCCCGUUACAGCGAUGGGAUGACUAUGCAAUGGCAAACAACCUUCCUGGUCGGCGUGGAGAGCCCGGAAGCGAAAAGGUCUACGCCACUGGCCAGUAUGUGGAUGACAUGGAGAUGGACGAGAUGCACUCACAGUACUCCUCAGUCAAGCCUGCUUCAACCAUCCUCACCGGUUUCCCAGGACAUGGCCGCCACGCGAGUCCCUAUAUGCCACCUCAGUCACCAGGUCCGAUGAUUGGUGGUAACGUCCCUGGAAAUCGCAAUUCGCACAUGUCCAACCUCUCUCGGUACACCGAUUAUCCCCAGCUAGGAGCUCAUCCUGCUGCUGCCUCUCGUCACAUGUCUAUGGGCAGUCUUAGCGGUUACCAGGAUAGUCCUGGUCAUGCUACUCGCCACAGCAUUAGUUUCAUGAAGAGCACUGAUAACCUCAUUCGUGCUCGUAGCCCGGGCCAACUUCCUUCCCGGCCGGCCAGCACUGCCUUCGAUUUCCGCGGCGUUGCUGGUCCUGAUGAGAUCUCCAUCACUGAUGCUAUCCGCGCCUGUCUCGCAGAGGUGGAUCUUGACACGGUUACCAAAAAGCAGGUCCGCGUUCUUGUUGAACAACGCCUUCAAACCUCGCUUUCGGGCGACAAGCGUGCAUUCUUGGAUCGUCAAAUCGAUCAGGAACUCGCCAACAUGUGA